CAUUUUCUUCAUUAUUACAUCGCCGGAGAAAAUUAUUAAAGAAUGUGUGGAGGCGCAAUCAUUUCCGAUUACUUACCGCCGGAAAAGUCUUACCGGCGUCUCACUGCCGACUUCUUAUGGCCUUCCCGCGUCAAGAACAACAACCGCUCUAAUCCGCUUCAUUCCGAGACUGUAAAGGUCGAGGAUGAUGACUUUGAAGCUGAUUUUCAGAAUUAUUCAGAUCAUCAGGAGAUGGAGGAGGAGAUUCAAUUUGCCUUUUCUGCUGCACCUAAAUCUUCUAAACAUGAGGAGUUAAAUGGAGUAAACGAAAAAUGCACAAAAAGAAAGAGGAAGAGUCAAUAUAGGGGAAUUCGCCAGCGUCCAUGGGGUAAAUGGGCAGCAGAAAUUCGUGACCCGAGGAAAGGGGUUAGGCUUUGGCUUGGUACAUUUAACACUGCAGAAGAAGCUGCAAGGGCAUAUGAUGCUGAGGCACGGAGGAUACGUGGUAAGAAAGCUAAGGUUAACUUCCCUGAUGAGAAAACUAAGGUGGAUUCUCAGAAAACCCUAGCAAAGGAGGAGUUACAGCCUGAAUCGAACCAAAAUGUCAAUUUCCUGAAGUAUUCGGACAGUUCAGUAAUGUUGAAACCUCAACAUAAGCAGUUUGGUAAUGUUGAAACCUAUGCUUCUUCUGCUGGAGUUAUAAAAUCUGGAACUUUGCCAGAUUCAUCAAUGAUGUAUUUCAGUUCUGAUCAAGGAAGUAAUUCUUUUAAUUGUUCUGAUUUUGGGUGGGGAAAGGCACCUGAGAUAUCAUCAUCCUCAGCUGCUCUCUUGUCUGUUGCAGAAGGUGAUGGAAAUCAGUUAAUGGAGGAUACAUACUCUCCUAAAAAGCUGAAAACUAGCCAUGAUGAGAAUAAGUUUUCUGAUUUUGAGACACAGAUGAAGUUCUUCGAAGACCCAUUCCCUGAAAUCAACUGGGAUGAUGCUUCUGUUGACAUUUUCUUGAAUGGGGAGACAAAUGAAGAUGGUGUGAAUGCAAUGGAUCUUUGGACCUUUGACGGUUUCUGAGCUUGAUGGGCUACUUGAAGAAGCAUGUGCAUGAGAAAUGAGAUGGUGUGUGGCUAGGAGAUAAACUAGGGGAGGAGGAGGGAUCAAUAAGCUGUGAAAAAAACUUAAAUAGUAAGAAUCUGUAUUUUUUUUGGUUUUGUUUUUAUGUUGGGAAUGUAGUGAAAACUGAAUGUUUAUGGUAAUUUGAAUAAUGAAUCUUGUUUAUUCUAUGGA